AUGGUUUAUAAAAAAGAACCGUUGGAAUCCGGAAGUCGAAAGGGUUGGGUCGGUCUAUUGGCGCUUAAUAUAUACCUUCUUCACUCAUCCGCUGUUCUCCAAACGCCACCGGAGACAUGUUUCUUAGAAGAAGAAGAAGAAGAAGAAGAAGAAGAAGAAGAAGAAGAAGAAGAAGAGGAAGAGGGUUUUAUUUGGAGGCGCCACCUUCUCCUCUUUUCUUCUAGCGACAGCACCACUUCCUGUUUCUUUCAUUUUCCGGCGUUCAAGAAUCCUCUGCGUUUCCCUCUUCGUCUCUUAGGUCUCUUUUCUUCAUUACUGGAUUCAUCCGUCAGUUCGGUUCAAGGUCAUCAUCGAUCAAGAAAAAGAGCACAGCAUAGUAAGGGGACUUAUUUCAACUAGAUCAUACUGGCGUACUAUGGUGGCUCAGCUGGAUUUUAUCAAAGAGAUAACUUGAAAUUGUUGGAUGACAUGGCAUAAUUCAGACUAACUGUAUUCUGUAACCUAUUAGCGAAAUUCCACAUGGUGUGUGGUCUUUUGUGGGUUGAAAUAUUAAAUACAAGUGGUCAAUAUAAAGAGGAUGUCAGUUUUUACCUUUGCAUAACUGAUGAGUGGUCAUAGAGAAAGAUUGUUUAAUGUUGCAUUUAAUCCGAAGAGGCAAACAUUACUUAAAGGCAAGAGUGCAUCUCCUAUGCUAUGUGGG